GUGGCGGGCGGGUCCAUGGCGGAGCUGAGUGCGGGGCUGGAGCCGGUGGCCGUGGCGGUGUGGCCGCCCGGGGAGGCCCCGCCGGCUUUUCAGUAUAGCCCAGACAACGUGGCUGGAGCAGACAGAGACAUUGACCCCACUGAAAUCAUCUUUCCAGGCUGUUCUUGCCUUACCAGCUCCUGUGUGGUUCACGUGUGCUCGUGUCUUCGCCGUGGUGAAAAUUACAAUGGUUUGUGCCUCAAGCCUACGGAGAAAGAGGAGGAGUAUGCCAGGCCUGUUUUUGAAUGCAAUGCCAUGUGCCAGUGUGGUGAAUCCUGUCAAAACAGGGUUGUUCAGAGGGGUUUGCAAUUCAGACUUGAGGUAUUCAAGACUGAGAAGAAAGGGUGGGGUCUUCGCACUCUGGAAUUCAUAGCUAAAGGAAAAUUUGUUUGUGAAUACGCAGGUGAAGUUUUAGGCUUCAGUGAGGCACGUAGAAGAAUUCAGGCCCAGACGUCAAAGGAUUCGAACUAUAUUAUAGCGGUGAGGGAACACCUGCAUAGUGGUCAGAUACUGGAAACAUUUGUUGACCCUACGUACAUUGGUAACGUAGGCAGAUUCCUGAAUCAUUCUUGUGAACCAAAUUUAUUUAUGGUGCCAGUUCGAGUUGACUCAAUGGUGCCUAAACUGGCACUUUUUGCAGCCACUGAUAUUUCUGCUGGAGAGGAACUUUCAUAUGAUUAUUCUGGAAGAUUCCACAAUUUACCAAGAACUAACAGAGAACAAAAAUCUUUAGAGGAAGACAACAGAUUGAGAAAACCUUGCUACUGUGGUUCCCGCGCAUGUGCUUCCUUCUUACCUUGGGACAGCUCCCUCUUUUCCACACCAGACACUUGUUCAGGGAGCUCUCCGUAGCUUUUCAGUCCCUAAGUGUACUGAACAAGUAUCAUUUCCCCUAGUAGUUAAACUGCAGUUAAAUAAAACUCUUGAUUGUGUAUUCCACCAAGGAAGCACGUGUGGUUUUGAAUAACAGCUAAAAGACAAGACUGUGAGAAAAACUUCACGGCGACGUUCUAGAGACUUGUUUUCACAGUGGAUGAAUGAGCACUGGAGCUUCAGGAUGUUCCAAAAUCAGUUACUAAGCCAGGCCUGGCGGUGGGGUUUUUUUGUGAUUUUCUUCUGACAGCUUGCUGUAUGUUAAAGCACCUCUCGCAGUUUGUACCUUUCAGAAAAAAUGAACUUGUGACGUUGGUACACAGAAAGGAGAUGUGAUAACAGUGAGAGAUGUUACUGAAAAAUUAGACGAGAAUGAGACCAAGGAAUGUUGACAUUUGCCAGAAGGGUACUAGGGUGCUUAAAUCCCAUUAAAAUAAAAUAUUUUUUUCUAAAUUA